CAGCUGACCCUGCGUGUGGUCAUGUGACUUGUAGCAAUAAAGCUGAACUCUCAGUUAACUCACUCUUCAACAAUGGACCGGACAGCAGCCUGCACGUUGUUGUUUUUACUGGCUGUUAGCGUCAAUACAGGGCUCUGCAGUCCUCUGGCCGCUAAAGAAGCCUGGAGCUAUGUGAAGGUGAGGGACGGGGCCCACAUGUUCUGGUGGCUGUACUAUGCUGACAGCCAGUCUGCACAGUCCAGCGAGCUGCCUCUGAUCAUGUGGCUGCAGGGGGGACCAGGAGGAUCAGGAAGUGGCUUUGGGAACUUUGAGGAGAUCGGACCUUUGAACAGGAAGCUGGAGCCCAGAAAGACGAGCUGGGUGCAGGCAGCCAGUGUGCUGUUUGUAGAUAACCCUGUGGGCACGGGCUUCAGCUACACUGACCGGCCAGACGCUUUUGCUACCAAUGUGGCCACGGUGGCCUCAGACAUGCUGGUGCUGCUGCAACACUUCUUCACAGAGAGAGCAGAAUUCCAGAGCGUCCCCUUCUACAUCUUCUCUGAGUCAUAUGGAGGGAAGAUGGCCGCUGUGAUCUCCUUGACGCUCACAGAGGCCAUAGCACAGGGGACGGUGAAAUGUAACUUUGCUGGUGUGGCACUUGGGGACUCUUGGAUUUCUCCUCUGGACUCCGUCAUGACCUGGGGGCCGUACCUCUACACCACUUCACUGCUGGAUGAUUCGGGUCUCGCAGACGUCAGCAGUGCAGCGGAGGCGGUGAAGCGAGCUGUGGAGCAGCAGCAGUUUGCCAAAGCCACGGAGCUGUGGUCUGUGGCUGAGACUGUGGUGGAGCAGAACACCAAUGGAGUGAACUUCUACAACAUCCUCACCCAGGAGCCGGAUGACAGAAGCAGCUUUGCAGUAGUAGAAAACUUCAUCUCUCUGCAGACGCGACGCCAUAUUCGACCCCUCCACAGUCAAUCGCUGAGGGAGCUGAUGAAUGGAUCAAUCAGGAAGAAACUGGGCAUCAUCCCCCAGAAUGUCACCUGGGGAGGCCAGGCAGAGGAUGUGUUCAGCUACAUGGCAGGAGACUUCAUGAGGCCUGUGGUGGAUGUAGUGGACCAGCUGCUGAGCGCUGGCGUCAAUGUCACCGUCUACAAUGGCCAGCUGGAUCUCAUAGUGGAUACCAUGGGUCAGGAGCUGUGGGUGAAGAGGCUGAAGUGGGAGGGGCUACCUGGCUUUAACAACAUGAGGUGGACCCCCCUCGAUGAGCCCACCUCAACGGGCAUUACUGGAGCUUUCUGCAAGACUUAUAAGAACUUUGCCUUCUUUUGGAUCCUGAAAGCCGGUCACAUGAUUCCCUCAGACCAGGGCCCAAUGGCCUUGCAGAUGAUGAAGAUGAUCACCCAGCAGGAUUGAUCGGCCAGCUGGAAUGGCUCUGACAAUCCCGAUAAUCACAUGACCUUUUUAUAUUCUGUGCUAAACCAAAUAAUGAAUCUCGGCGCUCUCUGAUUACAGCAGAGCUCUGUGUAACUUUCAGCCAUAACUACGAUAAAGAAAUUUUUUUUUUUUUUGUAAAUUCUGCUUGGCUAUUUCUUUAUUCUUAUUGCAUAUCUGAGAAGAGUGUGCUAGUUUGUUUCUUUCAUUCUUGAAUGGAAGUUUUUUUUUUUGAAAGCGCAAUCUUUAAAAGUAUGCAUGAACAAA